GCUUCAUGAUUCUCUAUCCCUUCCACCAUUAAUUAGUUUCUCUAUCUUUUGGGAUUCACUCCCAAAAGAGAAACAAUCUUUAAUUUGUUUGAGAUAAUAGUGAAUCUCAAAGGAUGGCCAAAACUAUUGCAGCAGCAGCAGCAUCAGCAUUUCUUGUCUGCUGUUUUCUCUUGAUUCAAAGCUGUUUAGGUGGGACAGAUAGACUCAAAAGCCUAGAACAUGACCAGAUUCAUGUUGACAAGGAAAUGGAACCAGGAUUUGGAGUGAAGCUGUUACAUUUCUUUUGGCAGAUUGGAAAAUCUUCUUACCAACCUGUCUGGCCUGAAAUUGAGUUCAGUUGGAGAUUAGUUGUCGGAUCGCUAGUGGGAUUUCUUGGCGCAGCCUUAGGGAGUGUUGGUGGGGUUGGAGGCGGUGGAAUUUUUGUUCCUAUGCUUGCUCUAAUCAUUGGCUUUGAUCCCAAGUCUUCAACAGCCAUUUCCAAAUGUAUGAUCAUGGGAGCUGCAGGAUCAACAGUUUAUUACAAUCUAAGGCUAAGGCACCCGACACUUGAUAUCCCACUCAUAGACUACGAUCUCGCUUUGCUUUUCCAACCCAUGCUUAUGUUGGGUAUAAGCAUCGGAGUCGCCUUUAAUGUCAUGUUUGCCGAUUGGAUGGUCACCGUUCUGCUUAUAUUCCUAUUUGUGGCAACAUCAACCAAGGCUAUAUUAAGGGGAGUUGAUACAUGGAAGAAAGAGACCAAGACUAUGAAGGAAGCAGAGAAGCUACUGUACUCUGAAUCAAAACCAUUAGAUGGUUCUGAAGUGGAAUACAAGCCAUUGCCAAGUGGCCCAAUUGCCACAACAGACAAGGUUCAUAUGUUCCAGAAUAUUUACUGGAAAGAGGUGUCAUUACUUGUCUACGUCUGGAUAGGUUUCCUUGCUGUUCAGAUUAUGAAGACAUACACACCCACAUGCUCGACCAAGUAUUGGAUCCUAAAUGCAUUGCAGGUGCCUAUUGCUGCUUCUGUAACAUUCUACGAGGCAUCGAGUCUGUACAAAGGGAAAAGGGUAAUUGCGUCAAAGGGAAAGGAAAUCACGACAUGGAAGCCCCAUCUUCUGUUUCUAUACUGUUGCAUUGGGAUGCUAGCAGGAGUUGUAGGUGGUUUGCUUGGAUUGGGAGGAGGCUUCAUUUUAGGGCCACUUUUUCUUGAAUUGGGAAUCCCUCCUCAAGUGGCAAGUGCCACUUCAACUUUUGCCAUGGUCUUCUCUUCCUCUAUGUCCGUUGUGCAAUACUACAUUCUCAAGCGUUUUCCAGUUCCUUACGCUGGUUACUUUGUUGCGGUGGCUACGGUUGCUGCUUUCACCGGUCAGUAUGUAGUCAGGAAGAUCAUAGCAGUACUGGGAAGAACAUCCAUAAUCAUCUUCAUCCUUGCCUUCACAAUCCUCGUGAGCGCUGUUUGUUUAGGGGGAGUGGGUAUAAAAGACAUGGUGGAGAAGCUGCAAAACCAAGAGUACAUGGGCUUCGAGGAUCUCUGCAACUACUCCUAGAUCUCUUUCAAACAAAAAGAAUAAGCUUUUCCAAAGUAUCUUGCUGAUUUUUUUUCCCUUCUGUAUUGUUCGUUCAAUUCAUUGUACCAAAAUGUUCAAAAACAUUAAAGUUGUUGUCUUUCGGCAGGGGGAUUCGGUUAAUGUACAAAAGUUUGGCAUAAAAUUAACUUCUGCAAUGUAUUGGCAGACAUUCCAUAGGAUUUUUCUUUUUUAUGUGGGGGCUUGUCCUCACAGUUCACCGUCAAUCCUCUUCUUAAUAAUAAUUAACUUACAAUA